UCUUUCCUUCUUUAUUUAAUAAUUCAACUUCAAACAACGACACAAACCAACGCUGUUCAUCAACCUUCUCUUCCUAUACUCCAUUUUAUUUUCUCUUCUUCUUCUUCUUCUUCUUCUUCUUCUUCUGGUUUUUCCCAUGCUUUUUGUGUAUCUAUCUUGAGUUUCUGAUGUCUAUACCCUUGGAACAUGAUUACAUAGGCUUAACAGACUCUGAAAUGUCCUCCGACAGACGCAACAAUCCUGGGUUGAACCUUAGGGCCACUGAGCUCAGGCUGGGCCUGCCUGGGUCCGACUCACCGCUCCUCGACGACACUAAUGGAUACCCUCUCAAGACCUCCGUUUCCGGGGCCAAGAGGGGCUUCUCUGUAGCCAUUGAUAGAGCUUCUUCCAACUGGGUUCUGCCUGCCUCUGCCUCUGCCGGAUCUGAACCUGAUUCCACCAAAACUGGGGGAUUGUUUUCUCCCAGAGUAGUUACUGAGAAUAAGACUCAACCACCUGCUUCGCCUGUUUCUGGUGCUAAAGAUGGUAUUUCUACGUUGCCAAAGCCACUGCUCGAGGAAAAGCCGCAGCUUUCUCCCCCUGCAGCCAAGGCACAAGUUGUAGGAUGGCCACCCAUUCGUUCUUUCCGGAAGAAUUCAAUGACAACGCAGCCCCCUAAAAAUACAGAUGAUGCAGACGGUAAGAUGGGAUCGGGUUGCCUUUAUGUGAAGGUAAGUAUGGAUGGCGCACCAUACCUCAGGAAGGUUGAUCUGAAAACCUAUGGAAGCUAUUUGGACCUCUCAUCAGCCCUCGGGAAAAUGUUCAGCAGCUUCACAAUUGGUCAUUGUGGCUCCAAUGGAAUUCCAAAUCGGGAUGUAUUAAACGAGAGUCGAUUGAUGGAUCUGCUCCAUGGCUCUGAAUAUGUACUCACCUAUGAAGAUAAGGAUGGCGACUGGAUGCUCGUUGGUGAUGUUCCAUGGGAGAUGUUCACUGAAUCUUGCACGAGGAUGAGGAUCAUGAAGAGCUCAGAGGCUAUUGGGUUAGCUCCCAGGGCCAUGGAGAAGCGCAGAAACCUUAACUAGCGAACUCGUUUGCUAUCGAUCGGGCACGUUCGAGCAAAUGAUGCUCAAUGAUUGAUGUAACAUGUGUGCUGGAUUUAGAUCGAGCGAGAGAAUCUUUACUGAAUAUUGUUGUUCUUUGUGUAUGAGUUCUAAAUAUUGGAGAGUUGAUGUAUGAAGAUAAGUUCUUUGUUAGCAAAGAUGAUUUUCAAUAGGACGGUUCGGAGUUUCUUAGUUUGCCCCUCCCCCUCUUCUUUGCCAUUUUACUUUGUUUGCUUUACUACACUUUACUUCGUAUUGUAAAUGAUUUGUUUGCUAUGGCAAUGGUAUCCUCACCCUUCA